AUGCCCACUCUCUGCGCCACCCGCCGCCUACGUCCUUCCCGGUCAUUACCGGCUAAUCCUUCUACGUGCUACAUGAUACACGAAAAUAUCACAUUUCGUCUGCCCUCCCCGGUUGGACCAUUUGACCGCCACUGCCACCGUAGUCGAGGGACCCGGCGUCGGGUGGAUCCAACCCGAAAAGUCGCUAUUCGUGAUGUCGCCAGUGUUGGCAGAGGCUGGAGGGCGAUAGUAUUGAUGCUGGCGUCAGCUGUAAAAUGGAGGACGGAGGAAGCGAGGGGAAGCAGAAGCGUUGGGGUUGAGGAUAACCAAGAGACGCUUGAUGUGCAUAGCAAGAAAGGCGAACUCAGAGAACGUGCUAUCCGCUGCGUCUUCUCGCGAAGUGGGCCAUCACUCAAAUUCUAUGCCAUAACACUUGUCCCACCUCGUCUCUACUCCACACCACACACCUCCGGUCAGCUGUACUUCCCACCUCCUUACUUUCAGGCUGGCCAACGUCUAUUUUAUCGUCUCGAUAAUCUCGACGGCCUGGCCACACCAUGA